AGCCAGCGCAGAUACAUUUGUGGCUCCGCCGAGGUUUCAGUUUUGAGUUAGAGUUCGAAUUUGAAUAGUGAGUGCUCGCGUCUCGUCGGUAAACCACCAGCAACAUCCAAUAAACCACCAGCAACAUGCAACUCCUGCUCGUGGCGGCCACUUUGGCGAUCUGCGGCAUGGUCAGCGGACAGCAGGGCGUGGACCCCGCCUACUUGCGACAGUACUACCAGCAACUGCAGCACCAGCAGCAGCAGCAACAGGCCCAGCCCAACGAUGGCACGCCCAUUUUCGAGCAGAAUUCGGAGCAGACGCAGCAGUAUGUGAACUCCGGGCAGCAGAUCAGGAUCAAGGAUACGGUGGCCGAGCAAAUCAGGGCACAGCAGCAGCAGCAGGGACAGUAUGUGGCACCUGCGGUCAGGGAUUAUCAGCAAUACCAGGCCCAGCCACAACAGUCUGCCUAUCGUCCACCUGCCCAGGCUGCUCCACAGCCACCGAGGAGGAUUCAGCAGCCCUCUUACCAGGCACCUUCCACCUCGAUCUUGGGUUCCAAGGGACAGCACAAGUUGUCGCUGCAGCAGCAACAGGAGGAGGAGGAAUACGAUGACCAAAACUCCUCUUACCAGUUUGGCUUCGAUGUGAAAGACGACGAGUUCACCAACUACCAGAACCGCAAGGAGAUCCGCGAUGGCUCGGUGAUCAAGGGCAGCUACUCGGUGGUGGACUCCGAUGGCUUCAUCCGCACCGUCAAGUACACGGCUGAUCCCAAGGAGGGAUUCAAGGCCGAGGUCAUCCGCGAGCCCACCGACAUCGUGGUGAAGAUCCCCACUCCCCCGCCGCCGACGCAGCUGCUCCGCGCUGGAGGCCACAAGUCGCAGCAGGAGUACAGCUCCGGUCCCAGCAAGCAGCAGUAUCAGCACCAGCAGCCCCAGCAGCCGCAGUACCACCAGUACCACCAGUAG